AUGUCGGAUGAAAACAGAAAAAGGUUUUUAGCAUUUGACUUUAAUGAAAACAAUAACGUAGGCGGUAGUGCGUUUGUGGGUCUAUCUACGGAACAAGUACGAAAAUGUGAUGAGCGCUCUCCGAGCAGGAAUUCUGAGUCAAUAAUAGAUGCAGAUAGCCUAUUUUUGGCUGACGCUAUUGAUACUAUAAACAACCCUUCAAUAUACUCAAAUGCAGGGGAAACAGAUGUUACUAAUGGGUCUAUUAGGGAUGCCACAGGAUUGUCUGAUUCUCGGUCAUUUUCUAGUUUGGAGCGGUCUUUCAGGUCUUUACUAAAACCUGCAUCGGUUGCCCCUCCCGAAAUAUAUCGAAGCAAUCAAAAUGGUAAGAGCGACAUUUUAUCACAAGAUCGCAGUAAUACUAUUUCAGACUCUUCUACUAGGAGAUCAAAUACAAAUGAUGGUUCUCUACUCGGUCAUUCAAGACAGCGUUCAGAAGUAGAUGAACUAGUGGAACACCUUGAUCAGUAUAUCAGUGCCACAGGAGAUGACUCAAAGCUAGAAGAUAUCUCUGCAACGCAGCCCGAGAAUGAUCCUGUUCCUGUCGACGACGACGAUGAUUUCUUCUACGAAAAAAAUGAACAUGGGGAAUUUAUUUCACCCAUUUCGGUAAUAGCUCCUUUGAUUGUGACUGGCGGCGACGAUGAUUAUGAUUUUCCAAUUGACUUUUCAGAAUCCAGCCAAAGCAGGGAGCGAUCUCUGACAGCUGAUAAACUUAAUGAGCAAACAGGCAAUGGUGAAUUAUCAUCACGUUGUAGAUCGAAGAAUAAUUCUCUCGUUGAUUUAUCGGUUGAUACAUCAAAGUUUCAUUCCGAAUCAAUGCCUGCCCUGUUAAAUACUAGGGUAAGUCCCUAUCCUAUAUAUGACGGCUCAUUUGAUGAUACUAGCUCAGCCCCAAAGAAUUUUCGAGUUGUAAAUGAUAAUCGAGGGAGGUUUUAUUUGAAUGAUACAGCCACCGAGGACGAAGAAAGUAUUGGCCAAACAAAGGAAUCAAUAUUAUACGAGUUUGCAACUUCAGAUGGCAAUGCUAGCAAAGCAUCGUCUUUUCAAGAGCGUAAUUUUUUAGGCAAUUUGCCUAACCCUAACUUGCAGCUACAGGAGAGUUCAAAAACGGGGGAUAUACUUAGAACUGCGAGCGAUACGGUAGACCGGAUGAGCGGCAAAAGUUCUACAGAGAAAGCACAACUGGACAAAAACGUGCGACUGGUCUCUAGUUAUGUAGAGGAACUGAAAUUGAAGUAUUUUCCCACAUCAAACUCUUUGCAACCUCCGCCGAACCUUCCAUUAUCUUUGAAAACUAAAAACACUGCAGACCAACAACAAAGCAUAAAGGUUAGGAUUAGAACUAGUUCAAAACAAAUAGGAAUUAAACAUGGAAGAGCAAAACAAAAAUUACUCAGUUUAGAGACCGCUAAUGAAGCAGAGCUUCCUACAAACUUGGAAAGAGCAGAUCACACUAAGGAAUUCCAAGAAAUGUUGCACCGAGAACGCGGCGUAGGCGAUUCCCAACCCAUGUUUUACGAAACAUCCGGGUUCGAGGGAUAUGACAGUGAUGAUCUGUUAGCUCCAUUACGAGAAUCAAAACAGGGCGGAGGUUCUCGUGCAUCGAUGUUAUUAAAGCGCACUGAUACCAUAACCAGUUACUUUACGAAAACUCAAGAGAGACUAGCUAAUAAUGACUGUUACCCAGACAGGUUUCAGAACGCACUCCAGCAUACUGAAAGCAGACUUACUUUACAUUCCACAGGAGUUCCUUCAGGCAGGCCUACAGAUAUCGAUAGUGAAUCUGAAGAUGCCGUGCAACGUGAUUCUGUGGAUUACACUUCCUACCGUAAUCAGUAUGGAACUGGCCUUAAAGUGGCCAAUCCUGACUCUAACAGUGGAUAA